GAAAGAUGGAGGUCGACAUGUGAAUGUUAAUAACCAACCAUUCGGUUGUUGUUAUAAAUGUUAAAUUGACUGCAGCUUACUUGUUGAGUACAUUUGCCAUGCAAUUCCACCCCAUCCCAACGACGCCUUAAACGAAAUACCCAAGUCGUCUGCAGCAAAACCAGGGCGAUGUCUGCACUCCGGCUGCCCCGUCUCCUCGCCCAGAUCUCCUUGACCUUCAGCAGGGGGUGGAGCUUGGCUGCAUCUCCAAGGGCGACGGGGAUGCUGGGUCUCCAUCCUCAUUAUCAUCAUCAUGCUGCCUGCCACUCUUCGUGCGUCUUCUGGUCCGGCUCGGUGUCUCCCAGGGCAACGGUCUGGUCUGCUUCAGGAGGGUUCCGGAACACAACCGCCGCUGCGUUCUCAACACACAGUGGGGACACGGCAGACAGCGAGGAGUCUGACGAGAAGGUCAAGAAGGUCAAAGUGAAGGUCGACCCUCGCGCUCGCCAGACCAUCAGCAGCGUGGGCCGCAAGAUCCACCAUCGCCACCUGUUGUUGCUUAGCGACGAGGGCGAGAACCUGGGUACCCAUCACCGUGCCGACGUGAUCCGUAUGAUGGAGGAGACGGGCAAGAAGCUGGUGGCCGUGAACGAGCGGGCGGACCCCCCCGUGUUCCGACUCAUGACGGGCAAACAGAUACACCAGGAGCAGAUGAGGCUGCACGAGAAGAACAAGAACAAACCAGCUCCCACUAAGGUGAAGGAGUUGACGUGGUCGUCUGACAUCGCCCCUGCUGACCUCCGCACUAAGCUGCGUCAGGUGGCCUCCUGGCUGGACAAGAAGCACCACAUCCGGGUCACGCUCAAGACCGGUCACCGCGGCAACACACCUGACGCCUCACAACCGCUGGAUAAGACUCUGGAGUCCAUGUUGUCUCAGAUGGACGUGCCAUUCGGCUUCGUGUCUCCGUCUCGUGCCGUUCGUGAAGGCCGAGCCGCAUCCUGCACCAUCAGGCCGCCCAGCGCCAAGGAGAUGCGCGCCGCCGCCAUGGCAACCGGCUCAGCAUCAGGACCAGCAGCAGCAGCAUCCACAGACACUCCUCCUCCUCCUCCUCCUCCUGCUCCUCCUGCUCCUGCUCCCUCUAGCCAGCCCUCUACUCCUGCUGCUAAGGAGAGCUGCGUGGACAAGCAGACUGAGCCCCACUGACACUGUGUCCAGGCCGACCAGAACGCUGCCGGUGCUCGUUCUCACGCC